AUGAAAUACACAUAUUUACUACUUAUAUCCAUUAUAUUAUCACUAUUUAUAACAUUUAUUAAAGCUGAUAAUGAUUAUGAUAAUGAUAAUCAGAAUAAACAUUCAUAUCAUCACAAUCAUAAAAGAAACUAUCAAUCUAAGAAUGUCGAUAGUAAAUCAAAACAAUAUUCAUAUAACAAAGAAAAAAGUAAUAAUAAUGAUGAACAUCUUGAAAGAAAUAAAAAAUCUAUUCGUCCUAGAGAUCAUAAUUAUGCAUAUCGGAAUAAUCAAAUAAAAUCUCGUGGUAAUAGUGCAAAAAGUGGCAGUUAUUCAGAAAGUACAUAUUUCGCAUUACAUACUGGAACAGAUAGAUAUGGUCGAAGAAAGUAUUAUUCACGAUUUCAAACACGUGGACGAUCAAAUGGUUAUCGUAAAAAUAUGUUUUUUAAUAUUUUUGAUGUAACCGGUGGUAUUAAAAUGACACAGAAUAAAAAUCAGUUGACAAAAUCCGAAAAAAAAGAUAGUUACAUAAAAAAAAAUUAUAUUAAUAAUAAAGAUUAUAAUGAUAACACGAAUGAAAAGCCGGAAUAUCCAGAAUCACCUGUUUUCAAAGAUGGAUACAGGUCAUUAGACAAAAACCUUACUACUAAUUAUGGAAACUCGACUAAUGCAUCAAUUCCAUUAACCGGUAAAUAAUCCCAACUAUAAUCAAAAAACUUUUGUAGUUAAUAAAAAACGCUAUUCAUGUUCUGCAUAAAA